UCGGCAGCUCCAUGUACUACGAUGAGGACGGGGAUCUUGCUCACGAGUUCUAUGAGGAGACAAUCGUCACCAAGAACGGGAGGAAACGCGCCAAGCUGAAGAGGAUCCACAAGAACCUGAUACCUCAGGGCAUAGUGAAGCUAGAGCAUCCUCGCAUUCACGUGGAUUUCCCGGUGAUUAUCUGCGAGGUGUGAGUCCCAGACACCGAUGCCCGCGGGUGAGAGCCCUGCCCCACCACCCCCAGCCUCACCAGGCCAGGCUGCAUCGUGUUCCCACCGAGGAGGACUCCAGGCUGUGGUGGGACUGUGACUCUCCCCUCACCUGGAGGUGAGACAGGAUGGAGCAGGCCCUUGCAGGAGAUGGGUGACUCUGUGCAACGACUGCUUAAAAACAUCCUCUCUUGAGUCAGAAGACUAAAAUACCUUUUGUAGCCUCUAGCCGACGUUUGAUGGGUAACUGGAACUGCAAACAAGCUGCUGUGAUUGAGCUGUGAAAGGGAGAGCAAGCCUGCACUUCUCACCAGAGAGAACCCCCUGCUUCUCAGGUAUGCGGCCCAGGGAGAGCCAGGGCACAGUAAAGCCCUGCCCUGCACCCUGAGGUCUCUGGGGCCCACAGGUUAGAUGGCCAGUGUUGCAGCAUGUCCCUUUGACACCGGUGUGAUAGGACGCUCCU